CUAAAGUUGUCUUUUCUCAAUUUAAAGCCGGAAAUAUCUCUAUUUAGCACCAGAACAACGCCUGGACCCGCCUUACUCGGUGAUCACUAUACCUAGCUAAAAGAAUCGUAUUGGCUUACGAUGGUCACACCGACGCACAAAUGGCGCCCCGGCAAUUCAAGGCCUCAAGCACCCGUCGCCAAGCCGCAUCACGGCUCCUCGCCUGCUCGGCCGGCAUGCUGUUGCUGCUCGUCUGGAGCUACCGCCUCCUGCCAAGCCGCACGCCUUCGUCGCUCGCGGCGCCGCAACCACCCACAUCCAUACUAAACCGGCAACAACAACAACAGCGUCUCAACAAGAACCAGGACCAGGACGACGAAGACGCCGCAGUAGACUUAUCCAGCGCACGCGCUCCCUUCGUCGCGUGGCCGCUGCGUCGCGUCUGCGCCGAGAUCACGUACGUCCCGGGCCUGACGUUCGUGUGCGACAACAACAGCGGCGGGCCGGGCAACAUCCGGAACUACAUCCUCACAUGUGUGCGGUACGCCGUCGACGCGGGCGCCACGGCACUUGUGCUCCCCCGCAUCCGGGCGCGCUCGGCUUCGGACCUGGAUAACCUGUUCCGCGAGUCGCAGCCUUUUGAGUACAUGUUCGACGAAGCGCAUUUCCGGCGCGCGAUGGCGGACGCGUGUCCGAGGAUCGCUGUCUACGGUGAUGUUGGGGAUGUGCUGGGGGCAAGGGAGAAGGCGCAGAGGGAGGGGAGGAGUGUGGAGAGGAUCGUGGAGCGGGUGACGCCGAAGCAUUUCGGCGGCAGUCGUGCCGGGUGCGAUCAGCGCGAUCCGAACCGCUAUACGGAUCAGUUCGGCGCGGCGUUCAGGGAGUGGGUGCGCAGCUCGGCGGCGGAGCGGGGUUGGGCGCCUGCUAAUGAUGUCGAUAAUCCCCGACUGAUACGGCUCUCUUGGGGCGUGCUCUGGGAUUGGCCCGUAUAUCGCGAUGGCCAAGAGUUUGCUGCUACGUUUGGCGGGUUACUCAAAAUCCGUGACGACAUAUUGGACUUGGCUGAUACCAUCGUGGCUCUGAUGAAGAUGAUUGCUACCGCAACGAAAGGCACCGAGACAGUGGCGGGCCAGUCAUUUCUUGGCGUACACUUACGUUCUGAGGCAGAUGCUUUACCUCAGUGGCCAUCAUUUGACAACCAAACCAAGAACUACUUACGUGAGGCCGCGAGUCAGGGGUAUCAAGGACGAGUAGCGUACUUGGCCUCGGGCAAUGAGACAGAGGCAGAAAAGUUUCGCAAGGAGGCCAUGGCAACUUUACAGCUUGGCGUAAGGUCUAAGUUUGACUUACUCGAGAACCAUGACGAAGAACGGGCGAAGUUGAAGGAAUUGAGCUGGGACCAACAGGCACUCGUGGACUUUGUCGUAUUGCUGAAUUGUGACUACUUCGUUGGUGUGAGCCCGAGCAGUUUUAGUAUCAACGUGGCUUUAAAACGACACUUGAAGGAAGAAGGCUUGUACACUCGGCCGUGGAAAGUCGGGGGACGCGGCGAUGGUCGAAGUUGGCUGGUUGGUAGGUUUGACCGGUAUUGGGAAGAUUGGCUCUUCAUGUUUGAUGGCAUGUGGCCUUGAUACGCUCGAUUGUGCCCGGACUUCGAGUUGUUGCCACGACCAAGUCCUUUCCAAAAGUGUCUAGGUUGCCUUAUUCCACCACUUUUUCAUCCGAAAACACAAUACACAAGCUUUCUAUACUCCUAUUGAUGAGUAUGCCAGCAGGAUUUGGCGGUAGACUGCUCUUGCAGGAUUUGCCAAGCCAUGAAUAAUUACUCCCCCUUCAUUCCAAUCCAAGUAGAGCAUCACAAUCUAAACGGCUUAUGUUUGCUUAUUUAUGUGUCUGCUCAUGACUUACUGAAGAAUAGAAAAAGUCCUUCACCAACUUAGAUACACUUCUAAGGGAAACAUUGACGAUUCAUCCGAAGGUUACCAUGAAAUAUCAAAUUCCGCUAUCUGCUUAGGUCUACUUUAGAAUAUAACUCGAACUCGA